AACUCAUCUCCUCCCCUCCCUUCAUUUAUAUAUACACACAUUAUCCACAGUCCAUACCAUCUAAUAAUAUUCUCUUAUUACUCAAUCUUCACGUACUGUUCACUCUCCAGAAUUCUUCUUCAAAUGGCACCAACCCAUCGUUGGAUCAAACCAGAGGUGUAUCCUCUCAUAGCUGCAAUGACAUUUGUAGCAGGCAUGUGUGUCUUCUCUCUCACUAGGAACGUUCUCAUCAACCCUGCAGUCAGGAUCAACAAAGCAGACAGAGCAACUGCAGUCCUUGAAAAUGAAGAGGAAGGUAAGAAAUAUACACACCACAGCCUCCGCAACUUCCUUCGCAACCGCCCACCACAGAUCAUGCCUUCAAUCAACAACUUCUUCUCAGAGAAUCAGAAGGACUAGCCAGAUAGAGAAAGGAAGAACCUCCUCUACUAUUCUAUUUUCUUCUCUUUCUCCUCUUGUUCCCUUUAUUUAUCCUCCUCGAUCGUAUAUAAAAUCAAUCCUCAUCGUCUCUUGCCAGCUGGGACUGUCAAAUAAUACUUAAUUUGUGAAUGUAAUAUCAAUAAUUAAAUUUUGAUGAUUCUUCAUAUUUUCAUUUCCCUCUCCCAAACCUGUAGUAACGGCAGCCUUGUGCGCUCAGUUUAUUUUAUAUAUUGUUCAUAUUUUUAAUAAAAAAAUUUGAUUGAUCGAA